GGUUGGCUUGGAGAGGUACAUGGGAGGUGUUACAGUGAGGGCCCGCACACCUCUCCUGUCGACUUCUAUUAAAAAUGUUAGUGGAAAGAAAUGACUACUGGAAAAAUAAUGUCACGGAAAUGUCCAGAUAUUGUCACGAACUUUUGGACUAGAUAAUAGUGAUGGCAUAGAAAACUGAAGAAGCGGAGGAGGAGGACGACAACAACAACAACAACAACAACAACAACAACAGCAACAACAACAACAACAGCAACAAACAUGGCGGCUGCAGCAGUGGAGGGCGUGGUGGUGGUGAUGGUGAUGGCGAAUGGUGACGUGGUGAUGAUGGGUGUUGUACAGUGAUGCGGAAAGUGAUGAAUAAGAUAAAGGAUAGAAUAAGAAAACAAGUAAAUGAAUAGAUAAACACUUGAACAAGAAGGAAGUAAAUGAAGAAACAAAUAAACAAAUGAUACGGAAAAUUAUAAGUGAAAAAAAAACAAGAAAACAAAUAAAGAAAGAAACAAACACAAGGAAAAACAAGUAGAUGAAGAAAAACAAACACAAGAAAACAAGUCAAUGAGGAAGCAAAUAAACAAAAUGAAAAAAAUAAACAAGAAAGAGAAAAAAAAAAACAACACAAAUAAAUAAAUAGAGAGAGAAGAAGAAAAACUGACAACCAAGGUGCACAAUAACAAGAGUGAUACAAAAAUGAAGAACAGAGUAGACGAGGAAACCAAUAAAUAUACGUGAAGGAAAAUAACAAAAAAAAAAAAAACAUCUGCACAAGGAAUAAAAGAGAAGAGAAAAAUAAAGAAACUAAUGGUGAGUGAGGAGAUUCAAGGUGAUGAUGAUGCUGGUGGUGAACAGUGGUGAUGAACCGCGUGAAGAACAGUGAAGGUAAAUAAGUGGAAAAAAAAAAAAAACGAAACAGUGAAUGACAGUAAUGGAUAAAGAUAGUGUGAAGAACAAUGGUGAAGAACAAACGUGGUGGUAGCAGUAGUGAAGAACAAAUGGAGAACAGUGGUGAAGAACAGUGACAGAUAACAAUAAAUAACAUAGUGGAGAACAAGUGGCGAACAAAAAGUGAUAUUGAACAGUAGUGAACAUAGAAGAACAAUGGCAAACAAUAACAAAAACAAUAAAUAACAAAGCGGUAACGAAAAAUAAGAGUGUGGAGCAAGAACCGUGAUAGUGAACAGAGGUAAAGAGUACAGGUGGAGCGCAGAGGUGAGGCAAGAGGUGGAGUCCCCAGCCAUGUGCACCUCCAACGGGAUGGACCGCCAGUACUGGGAGAACAAGUUUCGUCAGCUCUUCCUCGGCGGUGGUCUGGCUUCGCAACAGCUUCUGGCGGGGAGAACCCGGGUGUCCUCGCGCCUGAUGGAGAAGUACGAGAAGCUGAGCAAGAUUGGCGAGGGGUCCUAUGGCGUAGUGUACAAGUGUCGCAAUAGGGAGACAGGGAGCCUGGUGGCCAUCAAGAAGUUUGUGGAGUCUGAGGAUGACCCGCUUAUCAAGAAGAUCGCCUUGAGGGAGAUACGUAUGCUGAAGCAACUUCACCACCCUAACUUGAUCAACCUAAUCGAGGUGUUCAGAAGGAAGAGGAAACUACACCUGGUCUUUGAGUUCUGUGACCGGACUGUGCUUAAUGAACUGGAGAGUAAUCCUAAAGGGUUGCCGGAGGAGAAGGUGAAGAAGAUCACGUACCAGCUGGUGCAGGCCAUCGGCUACUGCCACAAGCACAACUGCAUCCACCGCGACGUGAAGCCUGAGAACAUCCUCCUCACGAAGAGCGGCGUGGUCAAGCUGUGUGACUUCGGCUUCGCUCGCAUGUUGAGUCCCGGAGACAACCUGACGGACUACGUGGCGACCCGGUGGUAUCGUGCGCCGGAGCUCCUGGUGGGGGACACGCACUAUGGCACCGCGGUAGACGUGUGGGCCAUCGGCUGCGUGCUGGCUGAGCUGGUGAAGGGCGAAGCGCUGUGGCCCGGGAAAUCUGAUGUGGACCAGCUCUACCUCAUCCGCAAGACGCUAGGCGACCUUCUGCCGGACCACAUGAGGAUAUUCAAGGACAACGAGUUUUUCCGCGGCCUCAGCAUCCCGGAGCCCGAUGGCGUGGAGACACUCGACGCCAAAAUGCCGAAAGCUUUCCCUAGAGAAGGUGUCGACUUUCUCAAGAGAUGCAUCGACCGCGACCCGAGCAAGAGGUGGACCUGCGACCAACUGACUGACCACGACUACUUCAAGGGCUUCUCCUUCAAGAUUCCCGAGGAGGACCAGCUGGAACAUGACAGACUAAAGAACCCCUCGGUGUCCGGCUCGAUGCUCCUGCCGCAGCUGGCCAGCACCCCGGUGGGCGGUGGGUCCAUGUCCACCUCCUCCUCGCCGGACAUCAGGCACCCCAUGCACCGAGGCACGCGUAACUUCGACCACCUCCCCACCAUUUGACAAAAUGGCGCAGGGCUUCAGCGGCCGCCAGCCUUACCCAACACUCUUAUCCCGUCCCCCUCACCGCCCCAGGACAACGCCGUCACCAAGCCUCUCAACGGGGCAGUUGCGCGCGCGGCCCCCAAGUCCAGCCCCCCGGGGAGCAGACAGCCCCCCUCCAUGCUGGACAAAGGCGACCUGUACGCCAUUCUGUACCGCAAAUACAACUCCUCCUAGCUGUCUCCUCGGUACCCGCACAGAGCCACGCCCAACUCACGCACGGCGCACGAAACUAUUAGUAACGUUACGUAUUUCAUUGUUGUAUUCGUCAUUACCUUUGUGAUUACUAUUUUUAUGUAGAAAAUGACUUAGGAGGCUGUACAUGGCAGCUAGGUUAGGUUAGAUAAGGUGAAUGACACAGACAACAAUGAAAUAUGUGACUUUACUUAACGUUUUCAUUACAACGACAUGUUUAAUCUAAUUAUGGAUAUCAGUGGAAAAUCUUAAGACGUUUACAAUUAGAAUCAUCCCCAGUCACUCGUCCACUAUAAAAAAAAAUACACUUACCUUUAUAUUUACCCUACUAACUAACAACUGAAGACUGCAUAAGUUUAGAAAAUGCCUGUAGUAGUAAAUGACAACCUGACAAAAUAGUUUAGUUCCCCGCAGUGAGACGCGCGUGGCUCUGCGCACUUACCUACCUAUAGUGUGUUAAGGCUGGAAGCUGCUGUUGACCCUCGCCACGCCAGACUGAAGGGCGUGUACUGUCCCGUCAGGAGAUGAGUAACCUUUCUCACUCACUACCAUCGUGUUCUGCCAUCCCCGCCAUUCUAAGGACCACAUUAUGAAACAUUCCAGCGUAGCACCUCCGAUAGUAUCAAAAAAGCUCUAGUUGAAGUUGCACGGGUUUUUAAGGAUGUUUUUACGGUUUUAGUGCCAGAUUAACAAGAUUUAUACAUUGUUAACGGUAGAAACAUAUUUGAAAAUUCGGUUAAUCAUCUCUGUGGCCUUUGAAAAUACCAGUGGUGAGAGAGCGAAGCGUUUCUGAAUACUGGCUAAGUCCCAUGUAGAACUCCACCAACUGGCAGGUUUUUUUAAGGGGGCUUUUUUUUUUUUUUUUAUGUAAGAGGGGCGCUGGCUUAAGGGCAACGAACAGAGAGAGAAAAUAUAGGUUCAUCGGGGUGCCAGUCCCAAAAGGUUAAAAAGUGCCAUGCAAAAUUUGAGGAUAAGUCUUGAAACAUCGUCAGUGGAUCAGAAGACUUGAGGUUGCUGGAUAACGUGAGUGGAGAAGGUUACUCAAUUUCUGGCAAAAACCACAACGGAGCCCUCCCCUUCUCCCCCUCCCCUGCUGAGUGCCACGACCUCCACACGGACCUCUUUGCCAAUAAGGACUGAAGUAGACGAGAGUACAGUCAUAACGGGUUGGAUCACAUUAGCGUGGAUCAGCUGUUUGGAUCGCCAAGUCGUGCAUCGGUGUGUUGUGUUGUGCUGACGGAAGAGACUGUGGCUUGCUGUGAUAUGAGGGCCCGCCUGUGUCCCUCAUAGAUUAGGAAAGAUUAGAACUGUGCCUACCUAUCCUGUCGCAACAGUCAACCAGGUGUUAGUACGGCUGUAAAAUGUUAGCACGUGUCUGAAAGUUUUAAAGAGUUAUUGGGUUUUUGUGACUUACUGUAGCUGGAGCAAGAGAGGUAGAGUGCUUGAAUCUUCCCUGAGCAGACUGAGUGAUGAGCUGUGGUGUACAGUCACGGCCAGAAGACAAGACCCAGGACAGGUGGUGACGGUCAGCAGGGGUCUGGCAGCGUCCCCCACUCACUACCUCCGUGUUUUCUGUUUGUCUUCAGUGCUGAGUUAUCUUCUCUAUUCACACUCGUCUUACAAGAUUACUACCGGGUCAUAAGCAUAUCAUUCCAAAUUAAUAAGGAGAAAUAAAGAUGCUAUACGAAAUGCUGAUGAUUAUAAUGAUGGCUGUCAGUAGAUCAGUGGACUUAAGAUCAAGAUUUCAAAACAAAGUGGAAGUGAGCGCAAGUUAACCUGCUUCUGGCCGCGACUGUACCGCUACGUGGAAAGAUUACAGACACACCUGAGUAGCGUUCAUUGGCGGGUAAACACGACGACCGGAGCGCGUCACUUCAGGUGUGUCGCGACCUCCACACCUGCGUCACUACCUGGAUUUGACUACACUACUUACCUGUACAAAUUAGUGUGACAUUAGGCGCUGGUUUGUGAGUUGUAGUACGUAACGCCUUUUUCGUUUGUUGUGUCGUAAAUUUUUCGUGUUUUUUAGCUUUAGUUUCUUAGGAUGUAUUUUUAUUUAUUUUAUUUUUUUUUCUCUCAAGAUGAUGAAUGAGUAUAUUUUUUUUUUUUAAGCGUGACGUUUAUUAUAAAAUCUUCUGUUGUAGCUUAGAAUUUAGUUUUCUUUUUCUUUUUUAUCUCGAGAAUUAAGCAAAAGAUAGCGAAAAUAAUUAAAGCAAAGGAAUAAAAAUAAUUAUCAGAUGUCCAUAAACUACGUAGCGUAUAUACAUUUUCACGAUGUCGAAAGAAUGAUUACCAAAAUUUUUAAAUGUGACACUUAGUAUGAAAUCUUACGUCAUAGCUUGGAAUUCAGAUUUUUCCCAAGAAAGUAAGGCAAAAAAUAGCAGAAUACAACAGCCAAAUAUCCUUGUAAACUAUGAAAAAUAACUACAACAGCCAAAUAUCCUUGAAAACUAUGAAAAAUAACAAUACAACAGCCAAAUAUCCUUGAAAACUAUGAAAAAUAACAGAAUACAACAGCCAAACUAUCAUAAAUAACAAUACAACAGCCAAUUAUCCUCGUAAACUAUCAAUAUAUAUUCCCAGAGAACAAGAACUAACAAAAAUCUAACCAUUCCGAUAUUUACUGUUCAUUUCCCGUAGACACCUUUCGGCAGUAGGCGCCCUGUAGUCCCGUAGCCCCUUCAGGACCUCCACUACCUGCUCCCGCGUGCCAGAGUGGGGAGGGGAAGGCGAGGGCCACACACACCCAUGCUACUUAAUGUUAGCGAGAUAACAUUGGAAGGUUAGCAUUGGCUGGAUGAGGGUGGUGGUGGUGUGUGUGUGUGUGUGUGUGUGUGAACUAGAGAAGAUAUGAUACUAGAAAUGAUAUAUUUAAAGAAAAAUGUGUAAUUCUAGCGGUAGAGAGAGAGAGAGAGAGAGAGAGAGAGAGAGAGAGAGAGAGAGAGAGUGUGUGUGUGUGUGUGUGUGUGUGUGUGUGUGUGUAUUCAUAUAAAUACAUAAAACUUGUGGAUGUGCAUUGGAGUUAUACAUUAGAAAGAUGAACGAAUGAAUGACUGACUCGCGCGCCGCAACACAGGAGUCAUAAGGCGCCGCGGAGGAUGAGAGAUGAGAGGCAGUGAGGGAGUGUGAGUCGGUGUGUGGAGGUAACAGGUGACAGGUAAUAGGUAAGCCCAGCACCUUGCCAUUGUUUGCUAGUCAUGCCGCUGUUAGUAUGUCUUUGCAUUCUUUCCCCGGUAAAAUCAUCAUUAUUAUCUCGAUUACGUGUCAGUUAGGUAAGUUGAGUUUAUAUUUCGUGUUUCUCUUUACUGUAUUGUGCAUCUCUACAAUUCUAGUCUCCUUUUUUAAGUUUUUGAUCUAUUUUAUUACGUAUUAUCACAAUUUUCAACUCGCUCUUGUAAAAAUAAGUCUUAUUUCACUUAAUUAUUGUAUCUUGUGUUAACCUUAACGGAACUCUUGGCAGGGCAGAACUAACCAGAACAGACUGUCGUACCGUUGCCGAAGAAUAUCUAUCGUACGUCCGCAUAUCUGUAGAGUAGACGUGAAGUGUGCGUGUUUGAGUUACAGUGAGUGAUGUGUAUGCAUAUUAUAUAUACAUACAGCUUUACCAUCUUGAUGCCGUCCUCAGUAAGUACUCUAAUAAUGGUAAUAACUAAUAAUGAUAGUAAUUAGCCGCAGUUAUCGUAUAGACCGGCAAUGUAAAGCUAGUGUGAUAUAAAGCAGAUGGCUAUGACUUGA